CUGUGGCGCUCAUUUAGUCAGUCGAUUAUAUUUUUGUAUCUUCUUGACGAGGAGACGAGCCUCCUUGUCACUGUUCCCGCUGCCAUUGGCUGCAUCAUCGAGUACUGGAAAGUGACCAAAGCUGCUAAAUGCGGUUUCAGUUUGGCUUAUGUUCCGCAGAAGUCCUGGUAUAGCUGGGCUAUCCAUUGUAUGGCUAAUGGUGUUUAUGCAUUCGGGUUUUUGUUCAUGUUGCCACAAUUGUUUGUAAAUUAUCGUAUGAAAUCAGUUGCUCAUUUGCCAUGGAAAGCUUUCAUGUACAAGGUUAGCUGUUUCUUUGAGAGCCGUUCGUACUUAACUUAUAUGUAAUA